CACCACUUUGAGGUAUAGGUAUGAGAACAUCCCUUGCUGUACCAGAGCCCGCGAAUGCAGCUCGGCUCAGAGUCUCGCCACUUACUGGGUGGCAUACUCGCGUCAUUGUGGUGAGCCUCGACUGAGGCGGCGACCCAGGCCACAGCAUGACUCUGGUCGAGUCACAGCCAGACCAGAACUUAGCGACAUACCCUGCCGGCAGCUCUCAUCAACGCAGUCGUACUACCUUUGAGACACGAAGCCUUCUAACGCCCGGCUGGUGCUGUACGGUGGAGUCUAUUAGUUGGUGCAGAACACCAUGAGCUCAGAACACGCUCGAGUCGCCAACUUUGGCGCAGGUCCAUCCGCCCUGCCCGUGUCCGUCCUCGAGGAGGCUUCGAAGGGGCUCCUCAACUUCCAGGGCACAGGCAUCGGCAUCGCCGAGCUCUCGCACCGCUCGAAGGAGUUCCAGGCAUUCGUGAACAACAUGGAGUCGCUCAUCCGCACGCAGCUCGACGUGCCCCCGACGCACCGCAUCCUCUUCACGCAGGGCGGCGGCUCGAUGCAGUUCUCCGCCGUCGUCCUGAACAUGCUCGCGCGGCACCGCCUGCUGCACCCCGCGCGCACGGCGGAGGAUACCGUCCUAGACUACGUCGUGACCGGCUCGUGGAGCAAGAAGGCUGCGGAGGAGGCGCGGAGGCUCGGCGGGGCGCAGGUGAACGUCGUCGUCGACUCGCGCGCGUUCUCGGAGGGCGGGAAGGCGUUCGACAGUAUCCCGCCGCACGACGCGUUCAAGUUCUCGGAGGACCCCGCGCUGAUAUACUACUGCGAGAACGAGACGGUGGACGGCGUGGAGUUCUCGCACGAGGACGCGUCGCCGGCGUCGUUCCCGUUCCACCUCCUGAGCAAGAGCGGCGGUCUUGUUCCGCUGGUUGCGGACUACUCUUCGUCGUUCAUGUGCCGGCCGAUCCCGCACCUCUCGGACCAUGCUAUCAUCUAUGCUGGGGCUCAGAAGAACAUCGGCCCUGCCGGCCUGACGAUCCUCAUCGUCCGACAAGACUGCAUCGUGGACGUCGACGCUGCCGCCAAGCUUGGUGCGGCCCCCGUCCCGCUCACGAUGUCCUACAAGACCCUCGCGGACUCCGGCAGUCUGUACAACACGCCCUCGGUGCUGCCGAUGUACGUCUCCGGCCUCGUGCUCGAGCGGAUGCAGAGACAUGGCGGCCUGAAGCACUACGAGGAGACGAACAAGCGGAAAGCGGAGAAGGUGUACGAUGUACUCCGGGCAGGGCAGGAGAUGGGCGUCUUCAAGCGCAAGGUGAAGGAGGGUUCGGGGAGCUGGAUGAACGUCGUCUUCGAGGUCGUUGGGCCGGAGGCUGAGAAGGAGUUCCUCGAGGGAGCCGAGCGGGCCGGCAUGAAGGGGCUAAAAGGACACAGAUCUGUCGGAGGCAUCCGAGUAUCAUUGUAUAAUGCUAUCACUGAGCCGGAAGUCGAUCAGUUUGUCGAAUAUGCGAAGCAAUUCAUCGCGCAACACAGCACAUGAUACGUGUCAGUGCGGCCAUCGUGCAACGUUCAACCGUCCUUCAUGUAUCCUUAGACAUCUGUGUCAUCAACUAUGCAUGUUGUCCGUAUAGCAAUCAUUCACGCUGAACAAUUGCGUGGUGAUCGAGUCCGCAGACCCCAUCACUUUGGUGCAAGUAAUUGCUACGUGCCUUCAUCGUCAUCGGGAAGCCGCCGUACGGGGGACGCCGUCACCUCGGAACGGCCCUUAUUGGUAGGUUAUUCUCACCAGCCAAUGUGUGGGAUGCGAGAUGCGAGACACAACUGGCUAUUGAACCGAAUAUCACCAGCUCAUAGACAGAACCCUACAUCUCGCGAAUCUCAUUCCAUAGUAUCCAUACUGUAGCCUGUAAGCACAAUUCUCGACUGUGACCAAUUCUGACAUUCAUCC